UACUGUUAUGUCCAACUAUGAUUCUUCUUUGUGGUUCAUGAUCUGUUUAAGUUUUCUGCUGAAAGUGUUGAUUUGACCAUGAGCACAUCACAUACUUUGUUUUCUUCCUUUGCUAUUUUUGUUUUACAUGAUGCUAAGUGUGGUGUGUAAAUAGCAACAUGAUGAUGCAUGCUGUCAUGACAUGUCCGGGCCGAGGUUUGUGUUUGCAACUCCUUUCACUUUAUCUUGGGCCCUUAGGUUCAAGUCUUGGAUAUGAAAAGGAAAAUUUAAAAAAUCACUUUAUUUACAUUUUAUUAUGCCCUUUGAGGUCUUUGUUCCAAAUGAAAGACUAAAAACUCGUUGAAGUUAAAGUUUCAUCAGGCUGAGAUUCAAGAUGGAAACUAGUUAUACACACACACACACAUAUAGCUGGAUUGCAGGACACAUAAUUAUUAAAAUCUCAUUGCAUAUUGUUUGUUUGUGUUGGUUGUAGCUUUUUUCCAAAUUUUAUUUCAUUCAUACAAGUUUCCUCUUCCAUACUAGUUAUAAUCAUGGCAGAUCUUUUUGUUAACUAAGUCUUAUUCCCAUUGAUUUAUGAAGCAUCUCAAGAGAUUCUACUUGCUGAAAAAUCAACCUUCAUUUCCCUUCAAGCACUGAUUUUUCUCACCCUCUUCACAUAGUGAUAUGCUGAAUACAAACCAUAUGUUUUUUAUUUUGGGUCUAAAACCUGGGGUUAGUUGAGUAGAUCUAUUAUCUUUUCGCGAAAGUUAACUACUUCUUGCUGAUGCUGAUACGUAUAGAACUAUGGAUUGAGGCCCUAAGGCCCUGUUAGUAACAGGCUGACUCUGCCAUUCUGAAAUUGACUUUAUGCAUACAGAAAAGAUGGGCUGGGCCCAACUGGGAUGGGCUUGGUUGGUCCAAUCUACCAACUAAUUUCUGGUAUAAUUCCAUAGAAGUUGUAUAGUUUUAUGAUACACACACAAGAGAAUUUGUGCUAUAUGUUUUGGCCACGUAUACAGUGUUACACCUCUGAGAUAUUGACUUCAACACAUCUAAGAAGGUUCACAUUGACUAGAAAUAUGACCAAAUAGUUGCAGCCCUCAUCUCUAAGGUGGCUUUUGGGGUAGAGUUAGACUUAAUCUAAAUUCUAAAACAUUUCUAUACAACAAUUUGUUGAGGAAUUGUAUCCCUCAAACUAUUGUUUUGCUUUGACUAAAAAAAGAAAGUAAUGUUAUAUGAAGUCAUCCUCAUCCUUGCCCCUAUUUUACUGCAUGGAUUGAAAUCACCUCUGAUUUAAUAUCUUUCUUUCCUGAUCUUUCAACAUAAAAAAAAUAUUUACUAUGAAACUGCGAUAUUCUCCUCAGUUACAAGUUUUCAUUGUUGAAGUAUCACUCUUCAAUUAGAGGAACAAUGAAGGAGAAUCAAAUAGAGAGGAGAGAUGAAUCCUUUCUUACAUUAGGUAGCAGUACCUGUUAGUGGCUUAGCAGAAAGACUUUUCCAACACCAAUUUCUAUCUCAAUUAUUGAAGGAUUACUUUUUUGCAAAUGUACAUUUGUGUUAACGUGUCAAUAUUCAAACGGUGCAGAAAAUUGGCGAUGUGACCCCAUGUUUGUCAUUAGCUAUGCUAAUUAGUUUUUUCUUUAAACAUGACCCUGCAAUCAGAUCAUCUUCUUGUUCAUUGGAGAACUAAUGAUACAAAAUUAUACUAAUGUUCUUCAUUAGAUGUAUCCCAUUGGAUUCAUUCACUUUCCAAAAUUCGUACGUGUCAGAUGAAUCAUGGUUCAAAUUCACCAGAGCUGCGAUUCAUGUUCAAUAUCUCCUCUCAGUACCAAAGUAGUAGCUCAAAAGCAGAACACAUGCUUUAAUGGUUUCUAAUAUGCACCACACACUCAUCCAUCACAUUAUCAUGUCGACAUAAAUAAUUCACUUUCACCAUCAUAGAAUUUUGUUUUUCCAAUCUCAACCGCACACGUAUGUUAAACUCACCAAUCCACCAUACACGUCAUGCUACCUCUUCAUCUUUAUUAACCGAUCAUUUGCAAGCAAGCUGCACAGAAGCAACCAACUCUGAGGGGAGCAAGUUGCUUUUGGUAAAACAAAAGGUUCUUCUGUUCUGAACACGCGUCUUAUUCUUAGUAUAGAAUUCCCACAAAUCAUGGAGACUGUUCUUUCCAAACACUCCCCCCCUUUGGCCUUCAAGGGUGUGAGCAAGGAGGAGGAAGAAUCAUUGCUUGGACAAGUUGAAAUAUGGAGGUACAUGUGUGCAUUCACAGACUCUGUUGCUCUGAAAAGUAUUAUAGAGCUGCGCGUAGCUGACAUCAUAGACCGUUUUGGCAAACCACUUUCCCUGUCCCAAAUUGCUGCCAACAUUGAAGAUGCACCCUCCCCAGAUGUCAAAUUGCUAGAAAGAUUGAUGAGAGUGAUGGUGAGAAGAAAGAUCUUCAGUGCAGAGAAGUCAGAGAGUGGAGAGACGCUCUAUGGCUUAACACGGGCUUCAAAAUGGAUCCUAAGGGACACAAAAUUGACCUUAGCACCCAUGUUGCUGCUAGAGAACCACCCUAUUCACUUGAACCCUGCUCACUACAUUAGUGACACUGUCAGGGAAGGCAAGGAAAAUGGCACUCCCUUUUUUAGGUGCCAUGGCCAUGAUCAAUUUGAGAUGACAGGUUUAGAUGAAGAGUACAACAGGUUAUUCAAUGAGGGUAUGGUCUGCACGGCUAGGAUUGUGUCCAGGGCUGUUAUCUCUGGGUACAAGGAUGGGUUCAACCAGAUUGAAUCAUUGGUUGAUGUUGGAGGUGGUAUUGGAGGAUCUCUCUCUGAGAUUGUCAGAGCCUACCCUCACAUCAAAGCCAUUAACUUUGACUUGCCUCAUGUGGUCGCCACAGCACCACCCUACGAUGGAAUCACCCAUGUUGGAGGAGACAUGUUCGUCUCUGUUCCUAAUGCUGAUGCUAUUUACAUGAAGUGGAUUCUUCAUGACUGGAGCGAUGAGCAUUGCAUCAAGAUUUUGAAGAACUGCAGAGAGGCAAUACCAGAGAAGACUGGAAAGGUCAUCAUUGUGGAUCAUGUUUUGCAGCCUGAAGGGAAUGAACCAUUUUCUGACACUGGCCAUGCAUUUGACAUGAUGCUGCUCGCACACAACUCUGGUGGGAAAGAAAGGACUGAAGAGAACUGGCAAUAUCUAUUUAAAGAAACAGGAUUCCCUCGUUACAACAUCAUCAAGAUCAAUGCCCUGCCAUCCAUCAUUGAGGCAUUUCCAAUCUGAAUAACUAAUUGUGGCUUUGUGUGAUUAAUGAUUAACAGCGAUAUGGUCUCUGGUGUUCUGUGUGGCUUUCCUGGGAGUUUUGUUAGCCAAGGCAAACUGCUCCUUUUCUGGUUUCUGUAUCAUAAUUUGAAUAAAACACCCACCACCUACAGCUAUGAUCCAUGGGCUACCUAUGGUUCCAUCAUAUUGUUACAUAGGGUGUAUGAAGGAUCUAUUGCUGUUAAUGGAUUUGAAUUGGUGUGUCA